CUCCAGAUUGUUUGGUGCUAUUUUAACUUUCUCUUGUUUUUCAACGUAGUCUUAUUUUGUGCCCUGAGAAGGUCGCCCACCUCCCUUGAGAAACACUGGCGAGGCCGUUCCCAAAGGCGCAAGCUCCUUUCCUGCACCAGCCAGCCCUGGGGAUCUGGAAGCGCAUUUGGGAUCCUUGUGGGGUCAUGAACCCCGCUCUGAGGGUGCCCACGGCAAUCCCGCCGCCCUUCUAGGCUGCCCCUCCGCCGGGCAUGCCAGAGAGCCUCUCCCGCCCUGCUCGAGACCUGGAAGGCGCCCAUCCUACAGGCGCCUCUCGGCGGGGCGGCUGAUGGGCCACCUUGCGAGGGGGAGGCACCGCUGCUCCCCUCCCUGCCCUACCAUCGCUUCCCCACACCCCCGCCACAAGACCGUGAAGGCUCCAGAGCGCCGCCCCGCCAGAGCACUCUCGGGACUGCCGCUGGGGGCGCUCGAGCGCGGGAAACCUUUCGGAGCGUUCUACGUUUCCGGCCGGAGCGAAGGGCCGGAACACCGGAAGUCGUGUGCUUCUCCGCAGCCACGAUGGAGGUCGGUGCCGGAGCUAAGUGGAGCCUGGAGGAUCCGGACGCGGAGCCGGAGCGGACGGACUCGGAGUCGGAGGUGAGGGUCGGGCCGGGCGAGUCGGUGGGAGAUUCGGGCCACCCACCGACCCUCCCCGCCUCGCCUUCUCUGCAGGAGGAGCCGGCGGCCGCAGGCCGUGGAGACUUCGCGGCGGGCUUCGCGUUCUCCGAGAAGGAAGCCGCGGCGGGAGCGGGCAGCGGGGCCUGGGCGGAGGCGCUGGGGCAGCUGAAGCGCAAGCGCUGCGCCACCAGCUUGGAUGAGAAGAUCGCGACGGUGAGGAGGCAGCGCAGAGCUCAGGAGAAGGCGACCAAAGAAGGAGCAGCAAAGAGAGAUUGUGGAGAUACCACCCAGGAAAAUGAGGCAAAGGCCGGGGAUAGCGAAGAGGAAGAGGAGCUACUGUCGGAACAUUCCUCAGCAGAUGAGAGCGUCUUUGCAAAAGCUGAUACUCUAAAGCUGAAGCAGCGGUGGAAACAGAAGCACGGUGAAAAGGAGGAAGCCACACAGUUUUUUCAAGAAGAUGCUUCGCAGUACGAUGAUAGUUUGUCCUUCCAAGACAUGAACCUCUCUCGACCCUUGCUGAAGGCCAUAACCGCUUUGGGCUUCAAGCAGCCUACCCCGAUCCAGAAGGCCUGCAUCCCUGUAGGACUGUUGGGGAAAGACCUGUGUGCGUGUGCAGCCACAGGAACAGGAAAGACUGCAGCCUUCAUCCUUCCUGUCCUGGAGCGUCUGAUCUACAAACCUCGGCAGGCCCCCGUCAGUCGGGUGUUAGUGCUGGUCCCAACCCGGGAGCUGGGCAUCCAGGUGCACUCUGUUACAAAGCAGCUGGCUCAGUUCAGCAGCAUCACUGUGUGCCUGGCAGUGGGUGGCUUGGACCUCAAGACCCAGGAGGCAGCCCUGCGCUCCGGCCCCGACAUUCUCAUUGCCACUCCUGGCCGCCUCAUUGACCAUCUGCACAAUUGUCCCUCCUUCCACCUGGGCAGCAUUGAGGUCCUCAUUCUGGAUGAAGCCGAUCGGAUGUUGGAUGAGUAUUUUGAGGAGCAGAUGAAAGAGAUCAUUCGAAUGUGUGCUCGACAUCGCCAGACCAUGCUCUUUUCUGCAACCAUGACGGAUGAGGUCAAGGAUUUGGCUUCCGUUUCUUUGAAAAACCCUGUCCGGAUCUUUGUGAACAGCAAUACAGAAGUGGCCCCCUUUCUGCGCCAGGAGUUCAUCCGCAUCCGGCCCAGCCGUGAGGGGGACAGGGAAGCCAUUGUGGCAGCUCUGCUCACUCGGACGUUCCCAGACCACGUGAUGCUCUUCACCCAGACCAAAAAGCAGGCCCACCGCCUGCAUAUCCUCCUUGGCCUGAUGGCUCUCCGUGUUGGGGAGCUGCACGGCAACCUUUCCCAGGCCCAGCGGUUGGAAGCUCUCCGGCAAUUCAAGGACGAGCAGAUUGACGUUCUGGUGGCCACAGAUGUUGCUGCCCGAGGCCUCGAUAUCGAAGGCGUCAAAACAGUAAGGUCCCUGCUGUUCAGCCCUCCCCCCCCAGCCCCCUUUUCCCCACAGGGCAGAUGCUCUUUGCUGCUUCCUCUGUAUUUGCAGGUGAUCAACUUCACCAUGCCCAACACCACCAAACACUAUGUCCACCGGGUGGGGCGUACAGCUCGGGCAGGGCGCGUGGGCCGCUCUGUUUCCUUAGUGGGCGAGGAAGAGCGCAAGAUGCUGAAGGAGAUCGUCAAGGCUGCCAAGGCCCCCGUGAAGGCCAGGAUUCUCCCCCAGGAUGUGAUUCUGCGCUUCCGGGAGAAGAUUGAGAAGCUGGAGCCAGAUGUGUAUGCUGUGCUGCGCUUGGAGCGGGAAGAGCGGGAGUUGCAGUGCUCGGAGGCCCAGAUCAACACUGCCAAGCGGAAGUUGGACAGCGGUUCCCAGCAAGCAGCCGGAGGCACUCCCCGCAGCUGGUUCCAGAGCCAGGAGGAGAGGAAGAAGGAGAAGCUUGCCAAGGCUCUUCAGGAGUUUGACCUGGCGCUUCGAGGCAAGAAGAAGAGAACAAAGUUUGUGAGGGAUUCUCAGAAGAAGGUUCAGCCAACGCCAGAGGAACGUUCCCAGUUUGAGAUCUUGAAGGCCCAGAUGUAUGCCGAGCGGCUGUCCAAGAGGAACCGCCGGCCCAAGCGAGCCCGGGCCAUGCCGGAGGAAACAUCGCUGGUAGAAAUGAAGGCUGGACCCAAGCAGCAGCGCAAGAAGGCCACAUCGGUGUUUGACGUGGAGCUCACCAGCACCAACAAGAAAGCCCUCAAGCAGUAUCGAGCGGGACCUUCCUUUGAAGACCGCAAGCGUCUGGGCUUCCCAGAUAGAAGGAAAGGAGGAAAAUUUAAAACCAAGUCCAGAUACAGGCGGAAGUGAGUGCACCUGUGAGCCUCUAUGCAGCAGCCCCUGUGGAAUUCGGGAUCCCUUCACAUUCGUUCUCCCUGCAGCAGCCUAGCAGUUGGAAACAAGCAGUGGCUGCUUUAGGACUUGGCUGAAGAACUGGACCUUGGGAGAGAUGUCAGUUGGGUCUCCCUCCUGCUUCUCUGAAACUUCUGAGGAAGACCUUGAGACCAAAUAAACCAACUAUGUUGUUGGCUCAUCUGCCUUGCUAUGGAGCCCAAGGGUUUUGUGUGAUCUUUACCUAACAGCUAUUAAAGGAAGCUGAAAAUUCCGAGAACUGAAAGGCAACCUAAAAAGUU